AUGAAUUUGACCAAACUACCCCUAACACUUAACAGAAUCCAAACAGAUAUAGAAGGAGAGGAGAGUAGUAAAAGAAGUGAGACAGAUGAUAAGAAACGCCGCCAAGUGUCCAUUAAACGCCUAAUGAACCUAAACAAACCAGAGUUGCUGGUUUUGCUGCUUGGAUCCAUUGCUGCAGGCAUUAAUGGUGUAACCUUCCCUAUAUUUGGACUCCUACUUUCAACAGCUAUUAAAAUUUUCUAUGAACCACACGAUGAGCUAAGAAAGGACUCAAGGUUUUGGGCACUUAUGUUUGUGGGACUCGGUGUUGUUAUUCUGUUUGUCGCACCAGUGCAGAAUUACUUCUUUGGAAUUGCAGGUGGUAGGUUGAUAAUGCAAAUUCGCGCCUUGAUGUUUGAGAAGGCUGUCCAUCAAGAAAUCAGUUGGUUUGAUAACCCUAAAAAUUCAAGUGGUGCAGUUGGAGCAAGGUUGUCUACUGAUGCUUCAACAGUGAGGAGUCUUGUGGGUGAUUCAUUGGCCCAAAUUGUACAGAACAUAACAACAAUUAUAGCAGGGCUUGUCAUAUCAUUCACAGCUAAUUGGAUGUUGGCACUCAUAAUUCUAUCUGUGUUGCCCUUGGUGGGAUUGCAAGGAUUCUUUCAAAUUAAAUUCUUAAAAGGGUUCAUUGAAGAUGCCAAGGUGAUGUAUGAAGAUGCAAGCCAAGUUGCAAACGAUGCCGUGGGCAGCAUUAGAACAGUUGCAUCAUUUUGUGCUGAAAAGAAAGUGAUAGAAAUGUAUAAAAACAAAUGUGAGGCCCCCAUGAAACAUGGAGUUAGGAUUGGACUUGUGAGUGGUAUUGGCUUUGGAUCUAGUCUUUUUGCACUCUACUGCACAAAUGCCUUCUGUUUCUACAUUGGAGCUGUUCUAGUGCAACAUGGGAAAGCUACUUUUGGGGAAGUUUUCAAGGUUUUCUUUGCUUUGACAAUUUCAGCAAUGGGUGUUUCCCAAACCACUGCUUUAGCCCCAGACACCAACAAAGCUAAGGACUCUGCUGCUUCUAUCUUUGAAAUUAUUGACAGCAAGCCCAAGAUUGAUUCAAGCAGCAAUGAAGGCACAACCCUGGCAACCAUAAAUGGAGAUAUUGAGUUCAAACAUGUCAGUUUCAAAUACCCAACACGACCCGAUGUUCAAAUUUUCAGAGAUUUAUGCUUAACCAUUCCUUCUGGAAAGACUGUUGCUCUUGUUGGGGAAAGUGGUAGCGGAAAGUCCACCGUAAUAAGCCUAAUUGAGAGGUUCUAUGAUCCCGAGUCCGGCCAUAUAUUUCUAGAUGGAGUGGAGAUCCAAAAGCUCAAACUGAGCUGGUUAAGGCAACAAAUGGGGUUGGUAAGUCAAGAACCAGUACUUUCCAAUGAAACGAUCUGGACUAACAUAGCUUAUGGGAAGCAAGGAGAAGCUGCUGAAGAAGAGAUCAUUGCAGCCGCGAAAGCAGCAAAUGCACACAACUUCAUAUCAGCAUUGCCACAUGGCUAUGACACCAAUGUCGGGGAGAGAGGGGUUCAAUUAUCGGGCGGUCAGAAGCAACGGAUAGCCAUUGCAAGGGCAAUAGUGAAAGACCCUAAGAUCCUCUUACCUGACGAAGCAACGAGUGCGUUAGAUGCAGAAUCAGAGCGUGUGGUACAAGAUGCAUUGGACAGAGUGAUGGUGAGUAGAACUACCAUUGUUGUUGCUCACCGGCUCACCACCAUUAGAUGUGCUGAUGUAAUAGCCGUUGUGAAGAAUGGGGUGAUUGCAGAGAAAGGAACACAUGAUGUGCUCAUGAAGAUCAUUGAUGGUGCAUAUGCAUCUCUAGUGGCACUUCACAUGACAUCCUCAAAGUAGACACAAACCAUUGAUUGACUCAAGCUGCUUCUUUUUUCCUUUCUUUUUUCCUUUUUCUUUUUUAAUCUCUGUUUUCAAUCUUCCAUUGUUUCUGUUUUCUGUGCUAGUGUUUUGACUAUGAAUCAUCCCUCAAGUUUCCCAACAUGGAGACACAAAAAUACACGUAGACUCAAUGAUUUUCCAUUGAGUCAAUUUAUCGUUGAGUAAUUUUUUUGUUUUCAA